AUGGCCUCCGUGCGGAGCCAGCGCUUGCAGGAGCCCUGCAUGGCAGGCUCGUGGGACGGGAGCAUGGGCUUGGGCUGCGGCUUAGAUGGUUUCCAGCUGGAGGCCACCGUGCCCAAGGUCGCUCAGAGCCCAGGGAUCAAGGCCAGGGUUGUUCCAAUUUGCACCGACUCGGACUCUGCCGUGGAGGAGCCGGUGCCGGACGACCGCUACCACGCCAUUUACUUCGCCAUGCUGCUGGCCGGCGUGGGCUUCCUGCUGCCCUACAACAGCUUCAUCACGGACGUGGACUACCUGCACCACAAGUACCCAGGGACCUCCAUUGUGUUCGACAUGAGCCUCACCUACAUCCUGGUGGCGCUGGUAGCUGUGCUUCUGAACAACGUGCUGGUGGAGCGGCUGACAAUGCACACGAGGAUUGCAGCGGGCUACCUCCUGGCCGUGGGCCCCCUGCUCUUUAUCAGCGUCUGCGACGUGUGGCUGCAGCUCUUCUCUCAUGGCCAGGCUUAUGCCAUCAACCUGGCUGCUGUGGGCACCGUGGCCUUCGGCUGCACAGUGCAGCAAUCCAGCUUCUACGGGUACACGGGGCUGCUGCCCAAGAGGUACACGCAGGGGGUGAUGACGGGCGAGAGCACUGCGGGCGUGAUGAUCUCGCUGAGCCGCAUCCUCACCAAGUUGCUGCUCCCGGACGAGCGCGCCAGCACGCUCAUCUUCUUCCUGGUCUCCGUGGGCCUGGAGCUGCUCUGCUUCCUGCUGCAUCUGCUGGUGCGUCGCAGCCGCUUCGUGCUCUACUACACCACACGGCCGCGUGACAGCGGCCGGGCCGGCCUGGGCGCCGCCGGCUACCGAGUGCACCACGACGUCGCCGCGGGGGACGUGCGCUUCGAGCACCAGGCCCCAGUGUUGGCCAGCGGUGGAUCCCCAAAGGACAGCCCGGCCCACGAGGUGACGGGCGGCGGUGGGGGCGGGGCCUAUGUGCGCUUUGAUGUUCCUCGGCCGAGAGCCAAGCGGAGCUGGCCCACCUUCCGAGCCCUGCUGCUGCACCGCUACGUGGUGGCGCGCGUGAUCUGGGCCGACAUGCUGUCCAUUGCUGUCACCUACCUCAUCACGCUGUGCCUCUUCCCCGGGCUCGAGUCAGAGAUCCGCCACUGUGUCCUGGGCGAGUGGCUGCCCAUUCUCCUUAUGGCCAUCUUCAACCUCUCGGACUUCGUGGGCAAGAUCCUGGCGGCGCUGCCCGUGGACUGGCGAGGCACGCACCUGCUGGCCUGCUCCUGCCUUCGCGUGGUCUUCAUCCCGCUCUUCAUCCUGUGCGUGUAUCCCAGUGGCGCACCCGCCCUACGCCACCCUGCCUGGCCCUGCAUCUUCUCCCUGCUGAUGGGAGUCAGCAACGGCUACUUCGGCAGCGCGCCCAUGAUCCUGGCUGCGGGCAGAGUGAGCCCGCGGCAGCGAGAGCUGGCAGGGAACACCAUGACCGUGUCCUAUAUGUCGGGGCUGACGCUGGGCUCAGCGGUGGCUUACUGCACCUACAGCCUCACCAGGGACGCCCCCAGCAGCUGCUUCCACACCGCCACCAACAGUUCUGGCUCCCCUGGUCUCUGA